CCCUCCAGCUGAGCUCACCCCCAGUUCCGGUCACGUUCUUCUGUGUUUACGCCUCCGCGGCUGGCCCGGCGGCUCCGGCUCCGCUCUCCGCUCUCCUCGCCAGGCCUGCAGCUGCCCGCCGCCCCACUCCUGGCCGGGGAGGGCCCCCCAGCCGCUCCCAUGGAGGGGCGCGCGACCUCGGGGCGCCCGCUGCUGCCCUUGCGCGCCGGGCGCCGCCAGGAGACCUUGAAUUGAAAGGGAUCCAGGAGGAGGAGGGGGGGGUCCUCCCCCCGCCCAAGGAGAUCGGAGGGGCUGCCCGAAGCCUCUCCGCUGGCCCUGGCCCGGCCUGUCUUCUUUCUCGGUGGAUGACCCCCAGCUGCGCCUCUCCCCCGCCGCCACCACGCCUGGUUGCCUCCUUGCUUUGCACAGACGCCGACGGUUAAUUGCGUUGCGAUGGAGACCUUAUCCCUGGAGCACCAGAUCCAACGCGUGCAGAGACACAUCGCCUUCCUGAAGAAGGAGCAGGUGGAGCUUCUCCACGACCUGCACCUGGAGAUCCUACGCUUGCAGAAACACUGCACAGAGUUGACUCAGGAUCUUGAGGCAAAGGAGUUAGAAGCCACCCAGCAAGAAGUCAUUGAGCAGGAGCUGGAGGGAAAGUGCCGGAUCAUGGAAGCCCAGCUGCAGGAGAAGGAACGUGGCAACCGGGAACUGCGCCAGGAGCUGACCCAGAGGGAGCACCUGGUGGCCGCCCUCCGGUCCAGCCUGAGGACCAAAGAGCGGAGGUUUCUGGAGGAGCUGAAGAGGAGAAGCCACCGGGUGACCAUCCUCAACACGGAGCUGCAGAAGCAGACGGAAGCGGCCGCCUACCUGGCCUUCCAGCUGCACGCCAGCAAGCAGAAGCUCCAGAGCUCCCGCCAGGCCGGCAAACCGCUUCCCGACAGGCCCCUGGAGAGGGCAUUCCCCCCUGCGCCCGGCAGCGAGGCCAGGCCCAAGAAACGGAGCCAGAAGUCCCACGCCCGGAGGCAGGCGGCCGGCUCGUUCCACAGCAAGGGAGCCUUCCGGUAUCCUUCGCCCUGCGACCGGCUGGGCGGCUUCGAAGAGGCCGAGCCGAUGCCGGAUCCGGCCCUGUUUUUGUACACCAAGCGGCACCCCCCGCGGAAACCGGAGCCCAAGGCUUCAGCCUUGUCCGCCGCGGCGGGGGCUGAACCGGGCAAGCCCGCUACCCCCAAGGGCAGCCCCCAGAGGCCCUCGCGGCAAGCCCUCCCCGGACCGACAGAGCCCACCAGCAGCGUCAGGACUUUGGGGAAACCCCGACCCGCUUCCAAAGGGGAGCAACACAAAGGGAGCAGCUGCAGUCCUCCAGCUUCGAGAGACGUUUAGCGACGGGGGGAGGAAGGCAACCCAAAAGGGAAGAGAGAGAGAAACACACAGCCGUGUUGAAGUCGCUUUUCUACAGAGGUCGCCAGCGGAGGCAGGAGUGGGCAAACACUUCCCUAAGCCUGGAGCCAGUUUGGGAAAGCGCUGCUGUUUCAUAGAUACAACCUUUUCCUCCCCCGGCCCCCAACUGGCUGUUCGACCACCGGAAUAGCUGUGCCACUCGUCGGGAUCCGGCGGAAAGAGAGCAGAACUGCUGGUCCUGGGGUGGUUUGGAGGAAUGCCGAACAGAAUGGCGGCCAAGUCACCUGCUGGGCCACGUUGGGCAAAGGGCGUCGAGACAGACGGGACCUCCCGUUCCUGUGCCUUGCGAUUCCGGCAGUUCGAAUUUUCUUCCCGUUUCCGAUUCCCGGCCUGUGGUUGGCGCCUCGUGCUUUGAAAUGUUGGUUUCCACAGCAAAGCCACCCGCUUUGGCCCUGAAAUCCAGACGUUGGCGAUGCUGAACAUGUACGCUUCGUCCUGUCUCGAAUGGGUGCGAUUCUUUCUCUCUCCCCCCCACCCACCCCAUUUCUGCACUAGUUGUAAGGCUGUCGACUCCAAGAGAAGAUGGCCAUGGACGUUGGGUGUGACUGUUUGGGGAGGGGGCUCUUAAAGGCGGCGGGGAAGCGUGUUUUGGAAUGACCCAAAGGUAUCUUGAAUGAGAGUUUCGAAUCCCCAUCCCCAGAGGUUACAAGAGAGCUUGGGGCUGGAUGUUGGACCUUGUGGAUGGUAUCGUUGGUUGUGGCUGAGUUGGAAAGCCGAAGACUUGAAUAGGUCCUAGGUAUGGUGAGCAGUGAUACUCCAGUUACAGGGGCGGGGACCCACGCCCCCUGACUGUCCGUGUCCGUCAUGUGAUCGCUUCUUUAGCUCCUGUUUUUAGAAGGCAGCAGUGUGUGUGUGUGUGUGUGUGUGUGUGUCACAGAGAGAGAGAGAGAUUAGGCUAAAACUGGGAGGAAUCCAGGGUGGGGCUUAGGAAUUCUCUUCUCCUUCCCUUCCCAUAAACACAAACACACACACACACACACACACACACACACACACACACACAUCCCUAUAUCCACCCCCCUUCUCUUGUUCUUGUUCUGUCUGGAUGAGGGAAAUAUCCUGAUUCCCAGGACCCAGUAGAUAUCUGGGGCAAACUUUGCAAAAGGGUGUUGAGGGUGUCAAAAAUUCAAGGCCAUGGCAUGGGGCGGACGGGAAUCCAGCUAGGAUUGACCAUCUCCAUUGGUUCCAGUAUCUUUCCCCUGCUCACUGAGCAAAGGGGCACCUUUUCAAAGUGGGGAUUCUCUUUCUUGAGCAGGGAGGGAGAGCAACUGGCCCUAUCCGGCCCCAGCACAGCAUCCCUUCCAGUCAGUGGCUGUUGCUGGGGUCUCUCUGAUGGAGUCUCUCUGAUGACUCUCUCUCAGAAUCUCUGAGAGGAGAGCUGGUCUUGUGGUAGCCAGCCUGACUUGUCCCCUUAGCUAAGCAGGGUCUGCCCUGGUCUGCAUAUGAAUAGGAGACUUGAUGUAUGAGCACUGCAAGAUAUGCUUCUUUUUUUAGAUUGUGUGCCCCUUUGGGGACAGGGGGGCAUUUUUUUUUUUUAUAUCCAUGUAAACCGCUUUGGGGACUUGGGUUGAAAAGCAGCCUUUCAAUCUUGGCCAUCUUGGUGUUUGCAAUAUGCAGCCAUCAAAAUGCUCAGCCCGGACUGCUUCCAAGAGCUCCCCCCCCACCUAUAUUGGUGCCUGGAGACUGCAGGGCACCCUUGGAGGGUCGGUGACCCUGAGUCCGACCCCUGUGCGUCCACACCCAUUCCCCAGUUUAAAUAGCCCCUCUGCUCUGCUGUUCAUCAUGGAGUGGCACAUUUGUGGGCAGAAUUUCUGAGUCUCUUAGGUUUCCCCCUCUGUCAACAACACCACCAGCAGCAGCCGCCUUAGUAGGGCUAGGAGAUCUGGUCUUGCGGUAGCCAACCUGAAUGGUCCCCUUUGCUAAGCAGGGUCUGCCCCGGUUUACGUUUGGAUCGAGAGGAUUUGCAGAAUCAAGUUGCAGAUCCGGAUCAAGGGAUUUGCAGGAAAGGCCAAAUCCUGGAUUGCAUUUGAAUGCAUUGACUCAGUAGGUACAUAGGCAGCUGCCAUAUACUGAGUCAGACCCUUGGUCCAUCUCGCUCAGUAUUGCCUUCACAGACUGGCAGCGGCUUCUCCCAGGUUGCAGGCAGGAGUCUCUCUCAGCCCUAUCUUGGAGAUGCUGCCAGGGAGGGAACCUGGGACCUAGAUGCAUCUAGAGAUGUGAAGACGUGGGGGAAACCGGGGAAACCCAUUUUUUAAAAGUAAAAAAAACAACCUGGGUCUUUUUUUCUCCUUUCCCCCAUCUUGUUUCCCAGACCUUUACAUCUCUAGUCCCAUCUCCAUAAAAACAGGGAGCUGCCUUCUACUGAGUCAGAUCCUUGUUCCAGCUAGCUCAGGAUUGUCUACCCAGACUGGCAGCAGCUUCUCCAAGGUUGCAGGCAGGAGUCUCUCUAAUGCUCUCUCUUGGAGAUGCUGCCAGGGAGCGAAGUGGGAACCUUCAGCAUGCAAACUAGAUGUGCUACCUCUGAGUCUGAGCUAUGGAUGGAUGUGAUGAGCCGGUGAAGCUGCCUUCUGCAGAGUCAGACGCUUGGUCUACCUGGCUCAGAAUUACCUGCUCUGACUGGCAGCAACUCUCGGAGGUUCCAGGCAAGAAAUCUCUCCCAACCUUACCUGGGGAUGCUGCCAGGGACGGAACCUGGGACCAUUAGCAUGCAGAGCAGAGUCCCAGGCCCGUUCUUUGGCCUCAUCCACUCUCUCUUCUCUGGUAUGGCUUCCACUAUUUGUAAAUAAGCAUUUGGGAUGAGAGUUUGAUAUGCACUUUAAAAAGAAGAAGAAAAAUCUCAAGGGUCUCCCUUCUGUCUGGGGUCCAGGGCAGACUUCUGAGAACACAUGGAAAGGGGGAUAGAAAUCUUCUUCGUCUUCUUUUUAUUUAAUUACUUAUUUAUUGUUUUAUUAAUUAUUUAUUCAAUUUAUAUCCCGCCCUUCCUAAAGUGGCCCAGGGCGGUUUUACACGAAAGAAUAGGAAAAAAACAUACCAAUUAAAAUAAUUUUUAAAAAACCAUUUAAAGCAGAUUAAAAUGAACAUUAAAACUAAGACAUCAUUAAAAGCCAGGCUAAAAAGAUGGGUCUUUAAGGCUCUCCGAAAGGCACCUCCAAGGAAGAUAAUCCCCUCGUAUAUCCAGAUAUGAUGAUACUUUGUGAUAUGAUUAUAUCACUUGUGAUGAUGCCUUCAAGGCAUCCACCUGUCUCUCAGUCCCACAAGGAAGAGAGAGAGAGAGAAUCAAUGGAGCCAUCUUCUGCUGAGUCUAGCCGUUGGUCUGUCUAGCUCAGUAUUGCCAUCACUGACUGGCAGCAUCUUCAGACACAAGUCUUUUCCAGCCCAGCCAGGAGAAGCCAGGGCUUGAACAGGGGCUCAUCCGCUGAGCUACAGCCCUGCUUAGAAUGAUCAGAUACGAACUUAUGAAGCUGCCUUACAGCAAAUUAAAUUGGUCCGUCUAGCUCAGUCGUGUCCACACUGACUGGCAGCCGUUCUCCAGGGUUCCAGGAAAGGCUCUUUGCAAGCCCUACCUGGAGAUGCUGCCAGCGACUGAAGCCUUCCGACAUGCACAGCAGGGGCUAUAGAUGCUCCUGAUGAACAUCUGCAGCUGCCUUCUGGCUGAGUCAGACCACGGACUCCUUGAACUCAGUGUUGUCUGCACUGACGGGCAGCAGCACUCUCGGAUUUCAGAUGGGGGCUUCUACCUGGAGAUGCCAGGGAUUGAAUCUAGGGCCUCCUUGGGCACGCAGACAGAAACCUCCCGCCCUUCCAAAAUGUCUGAGGUUCAACCCUCUCUUCCCCCAGCCAGGGCCACGGCGUUGGUAAAAUCGUUCUGGGAAAUUAAUAAUAAUAAUAUAAUAUAAAUAAAAGAGCGGGCUUUAAGGUCUGAAGCGGAGGAGAAUGUUGGCUCUGCAGGAAACGAUUCUUCCCCGUUUCUUGCUCCUUGUCCUGAGAUCUUCUCGCUUGGAGAGCCUCGGAAGGAAGCAAAGCCCUGAAAUUGGGCCAGAGACUCAACCCCAGCAGGGUUGUCGAUUUACUUAUUUCAUCUUGUUUGCCAUGUACCAUAAAAACAAAAGGAGCUCAGUGCACCUUCUGGACCGGAACGGGGACGAUGUGUAGAGCCUGCAGGUUCAGGCUUGGCUUCUUCGCUACCAGCCUUCCUACGUUCCACAUUGUUAGAUUGUGGGUGUGCAGGAGAGAGAGAGAGAGAGAGAGAGAGAGAGAGAGAGAGAGAGAGAGAAUAUGCACCCAGGCAGAUCAUGCAUACAAGUGUAAAUGUACUGUACAGUAAUUUAGAUCAUGUUUAGCCGGACAAUCAGACGUUGCGAUGAUAGCGCCAUCCCCUUACGGAUUCGGUGCACUGGAGGAUCUGGGGGUCCCAGAAAUGGCACCCCACCGGGGAGGGAUGUUCCUAAGGACGAUUUGGUCAGGUGUAAAAAGAGGACAUUUCAGGGGACAUUCCAAGGGGGCAACCAGGUCAACACAGUGACUGCAGACAUUGGGAGCUGGGCAGUGGGUUGUAACCUCGAACCGAUUGGAAUGCACCCAACUCGAAGUCCUUGUAUGGGGCAGGGGGUGCGGGGGACCGCCUUCUCUGGACUUAGAAAGCUAACAUGUUGAGGAGAAGGAUCUUAGCUGGGCUUUCUCCUCACCAUACUGUUUUUCUGGGCGCAAGGGACAUUUGGGAAGGCACCCAACGUGUGAGUGCCCACUGGCUGUCUGAAAUAGGUCACGGGUUUGCCCCCUUAUUGAAGCCAAAAUAUUAAGCGAGGGGCCUUGUUUCAUGGUAACCAGUAGGCUUGCGUGGUCCAAAAAUAUCGGACCUAAAAUGGCCGGAAUCGUCAUUACCAUUCUAGUAGCUAUCAGACAUAUUCUGAUAUUUCCAGAAUCUAACUACCUAAGGCCUUCGGAGUCAGGCGGUAUAUAUAUUAAAAAUAAAAAUGAAUGAAUGAAUAAUGACAAUAACAUUUCUGAGAGUGCUCUCCAGUAUAUCCAGUGGCACAGGCCUGCAAAAUUGGCUCUAAGCAGGCCAGGGAUGCUGUUUUGGGAUUCCGACAAUACUUCCAAUAAUUCCCAUACAACAGGGCUAUUAUAGUUUGAUCGGAUUGAUGCUGGUAUUUCUGAGAGUGGGGAUAUCAUUUCCGAUAAUAUCGGAUAUGUCCCGCUGCACAGACCUGGUAAUUGAUAACCCUGGACCUGGGUUCCACGUAGGGCCAUGUAUGGAGAUAUUCCGCUCCAUACAUAUCCGCUUUAUGAGCUUUCCAACUGCAUGCAGGCUGGAGACCUUUGCCUAGCAAUGGCGGAAUGCCACAUCAGCCUGUUGCUUGGCAACCGUGAUGCUGCAUCCUCCUGUUGCUUGGCAACUGUCAAGUGGUCCUCCUCGUGGAAACCUGGCCCCUACUUCCAGAUGCUCACUUGAUUGGUCAAUAAGUCAAUUUCGCUCUGCGCAGUUUUGCAAUGUGAAAGUAUAGGAUUGUCACACAGUGGGGGGAAUAAGUUUUUGUUGUACACACACAACGCACUCACACAUGGAUGAUGCAAUUUCUUCAUUGCUUGGGCAGAGAUUUGGUGCAUCCCCAAACCCUCGGGGGGUUCUGCUGUGCAAAAGAAUCUCACAUGGGAUUCUGCUAGAAGCGCCCAGCAGAGGCUUAGACUCGGAGAACUCUGAGGUCUAGAGUUCCAUGAUCUCUGUGUGUCCCAACCCCAACACCUUGCAAUUCUGUUAUUCUUGGGCUUCCUCACUCAGGGCUCUGCACGCACCAGACUGAUUUCCCAUUGCAUGAAACUCCAAGCUGAUUGGCAGCUUUCCCCACACAAUGAAUUUCUGCAUUACAGCUUCCCCUGGGG